AUGGAUGCAAGGCAAGAAAGCUUCAAAGUUUUUAUGCUUCCAUGGUUAGCCCAUGGCCAUAUAUCGCCCUACCUAGAGUUAGCCAAAAGGCUUGCAAAGAGAAAAUUUCUAGUUUAUUUCUGCUCUACGCCUGUAAAUUUAGAAGCCAUUAAAUCAAAUUACCUUUCAGAAACCCACUCUGAUUCAAUCCAAUUAGUGAAAAUUCAUCUCCAUUCAACACCAGAGCUUCCUCCCCAUUUUCACACAGCCAAAGGCCUUCCACCGCAUUUAAUGCCCCAACUCAAAGUCGCCUUUCAAAUGGCUGCCCCCAAUCUCCAAUCUAUCAUCAAAACCCUAAAUCCAGAUCUCCUAAUCGUCGACAUUCUUCAACUAUGGAUGCUUCCCAUUUCUUCAUCACUCAACAUUCCCUUGAUUUUCUUCCCUAUUUUUGGCGCUAUAACCAUCUCUUUCUCGAUCAGAAUCGUCUCCCACCAUGUUCCAUUUCCCCAAUUUGAGCUUCGUGAGUACUGGAAAUCCAAAUGCCCCUAUUUGGAAAUGGACGAAACAUCGCGUCAAUCGUUUAAACAAUCCUUGGAUCAAUCUUCAGGCAUAAUUUUAUUCAAAAGUUCCAGAGAAAUCGAGACAAAGUACUUGGAAUUUCUCGCGUCUUCGUUCGUGAAUAAGAUCGUGACCACCGGUCCUCUGCUUCAGGAACCUGGAUGCAGUGAAAACGAGAACCACAGCGAAAUCAUUGAAUGGCUGGACAAGAAGGAGCCAUAUUCGACGGUGCUGGUUUCAUUCGGGAGCGAGUAUUACCUUUCCAAGGAAGAAAGUGAAGAAAUAGCACACGGACUGGAGAUCAGCGAGGCGAAUUUCUUAUGGAUCGUCAGGUUUCCGAAGGGAGAGGAGACGGCGGUGGAAGCGGCGGUGCCGGAAGGAUUCAUCGAGAGGAGCAGAGAGAGAGGGAAGAUCGUUGAAGGUUGGGCUCCACAGGCGGAAAUACUGGCUCACCGGAGCACCGGUGGCCACGUGAGCCACUGUGGAUGGAGCUCGUUCAUGGAGAGCUUGAUGUUCGGCGUGCCGGUGAUUGGAGCGCCGAUGCAACUCGACGGGCCGAUUGUGGCGAGAUUGGCAGAGGAGAUCGGCGUGGGGUUGGAGAUCAGGAGAGAUGAAGAAGGGAGAAUGAUGAGGGAUGAAAUUGCAGGAGCAAUCAAGAAGGUUUUGAUGGGAAAAACAGGGGAAGUUUUUCGAAAGAAAGCAAAAGAAAUUUGCAGCGUUUUGAAGGAGAAUGACGAACAAGAGGUUGAUAAAUUGACAACGGAAUUAGUGAUGUUGUGCCAAACGAAGAGGAGAAAAUAA